AAUAUAUAAAAUAUAUCUCCAAUGAUAGUAAAAAUAAUAAGUUAAAAUUAAUUUUUGAGCAAAUAAAGAACGAGUAUAAUGAGGCUAUCCUGUGCAUAGACGAUAUAGAUGUUAUCCUUUCAUCCAAAGAUGAUUCAACAGAUCUGUAUCUCUUCACGUAUCUGCUGAGCCUCUUUGACAACUCUAACGUUAUUGUACUUUUACUAAGUGUGAGCAAACCGUAUGACAGUGUACUGUAUACAAAAAUUAAAAAAUUUAUCUCCAUACCUAUCCCUACGUAUGAAGAUCGAGUGGAAAUUCUCGAAUUCAUGGCGGAAGAGUUUUCCCUCACAUUUGAUGCGAAAUAUGCUGCAGCUUUAACAUAUGGCUUUCAUCGGGGCCACCUCUACGAUAUUGCAAACGAGUCGAUGAAUUUGUGCAUAUAUGACCAAGUGCAUGGGGGAGGUUUGGCCGGGAUAAGGAGCGAGAUGGACGUAGCCUCCACAGAGAGGGACUCCAUUGAGAAGCCCAAAUUGGAGGUACUACCUCCGGGGGGUGAGGCCAUCCAACAUGCAGCUUCAACCCAACUUGCAGCUUCAACCCAGAAUGUGGCCCUCCAUCCGAAGGGAGAAAAUAUUUGCGAGGUAAACAACGCGGAAGUACGCCCAAACGGAGGUGAAUAUCAAGAAUAUGACGCGAAAAGAAAUGCCACCACAACGUUUUACUCCAAUACAGUUCCAUCGAAGGAGAGAAAUGAAACAAACAUGAAGAGGAAGGAGCGGAGCGGAGAAGCUACCACGUACAAAGUGAAAAGACCAAAAAUGAGCUGCCGAAAAAUAAAUCACGAGAUUAUUCACCAAAGUGUAAGAAAUAUAAAAAAAAAAAUGAUUACACAGAAUAUAUGUGAAGUGCCAAAUAUCAACUUAGAUAAUAUUGGCUCCUUGAAAAAGAUCAAAAAAGUGUUAGAGACAAAAUUCAUCCUGCCAGUGAAAUAUGCAAACAUUUACAAACAUCUAGGGAUAAACAAAAGCAUGGGAAUAUUACUUUAUGGGCCACCAGGAUGUGGAAAAACGAUGCUUGCCAAAGCUAUAAGUAACGAAAUGAAGGCGAAUUUUAUAGCUAUAAAGGGACCCGAAAUUUUGAAUAAAUAUGUAGGGGAGAGUGAAAAAAAAGUGAGAGAAAUAUUUUCCUACGCAUCUAUUUACAAGCCUUGCCUCAUCUUUUUCGACGAAAUUGACAGUAUUUGUAUUAACAGGGCAAACAACAAAGCUGCAGCAGCAUCAGAUCGAAUUGUAAACCAACUGCUCACCGAAAUGGAUGGCCUCUCCCAAAGGGAAAGUGUCUACAUCAUUGCCACGACGAAUAGACCAGAUAUUAUCGACAAGGCAUUGCUAAGAAGUGGUAGAUUUGAUCAACUUAUUUACAUUUCUUUACCAAAAUAUCAAGGACGAAUUGAUAUUUUGAGAAAGCUAUCCAAAAAUAUGCCCCUGCAUGCUGAUGUAGAUUUUGCCAAAAUUUCUCGUUUGACCAAGGGUUAUAGCGGAGCUGACUUGUAUGGAGUUUUGCGAGAAAGUGCUUUCAUCGCUCUCCAGGAGUGUCGAGAUAAAAUUGAUUUGCUAAACUCGGGUUUGUCAAGCGGUGGUGAUGCAACACAGCACUCCCGCGAAGCAUAUGCCUUUUGCAGGGAUACAUCCAAUGAGCCCCUCUUUGUGAAACGCGAAAAUGGUGACACUGUUACAGAUACUGGAAGUAGCAAUCGCAUGACAGGCUCCUUCGAUGGAGGCACAAAAAUGCCCAGUCAGUGUAGCGUGGCAACUAUUGAUCAAAGCCAAGUGGGGGAAUGCACCCAAAAGGGGGCCAACUACACUGAUGCUCAUUUGGGUUUCCCACUGCGCAAUCUUACUGAUGCAUCCGCAAAAGAUUAUACUAGCGCGGAAGCAUGCGCACCGGAACGAAGCAAAAAUUUGUCGUGCCACCCUGACACUGUCGAGGAGGUGAUCAAAAUGACUGACUUAACAAACGAAAGGGGAACCUCCCAAAUGGAAACGGAGAAGACGGCCAGUUUGCUUUUCUUUAAUCCCGAUGGUGGACCCAAUUUAGCAGAUGAGCCAAACGAACAAUCGAAAAGGAAACAAAAAUGUCUGCUAUCCCAGCAAGUUGAAUUAAGACGAAUGGAAAAAAUGAUUUCCCCACGCGGUGAUGAUAACCUUUCCAUGGAAAAUAAUCAGAUGUACAAAAUUAACAAUUUAAAAAAUCAAGCCAUAAGUGAGAAGGACAAGAAUAACUUAAUUUAUGAAUUCAUUCAAAGGAAUAAAAACAUACUGACAAUUAGCCAAAGGCACAUCGUGCUGGCGGUCAAGAUGGUCCCACGCAGCGUUACCAGUAAGCAGAUGAAAUAUUACAAAGAAAUAAGUAAGAAGUUUAAGU